AUCGUCGUAGUACAGUGUUGUGUUGAGGGUUUUUGCUUAAAAAUGAGUCUUUGGGUCGAUAAAUACCGACCUAAUUCGUUGUCUAAGCUUGAUUAUCACAAAGAUYUGGCUUCACAUCUCAAAAAACUGGUACACAGUGGAGACUUCCCUCACCUAUUGGUAUAUGGUCCCUCAGGUGCUGGCAAGAAAACAAGAAUCAUGUGCAUUUUGAAGGAACUCUAUGGCUCUGGUGUUGAGAAGUUGAGAAUUGAACAGCAUUCUUUUACAACACCAUCUAGGAAAAAAGUGGAAAUUUCUACAAUUGGGAGCACAUAUCAUAUUGAAGUGAAUCCUAGUGAUGUUGGAAUAUAUGACCGCGUCGUCAUCCAGGAAUUGCUAAAAACAAUGGCACAAUCACAUCAACUUGAAUCCUCACUUCAAAAGGACUUCAAAGUUGUUGUUCUUACUGAAGUCGACCGYUUGACAAAAGAYGCCCAGCAUGCCUUGCGUCGCACAAUGGAAAAAUACACUUCAACAUGUAGGCURAUUUUGUGUUGUAAUUCAACAAGUAAAGUAAUUCCUGCCAUCCGUAGCCGUUGCCUUGGUAUCCGUGUUGCUGCUCCAUCACUGGAUGAGAUAAGUCAAAUUCUCCAUUUUGUGUGYAAGAAAGAAGGCUUGUCCCUUCCAGGAGAACUUGCCAAACGMAUUGCRGAGAAAUCUGGAAGAAAUCUUAGAAAAGCACUUUUAAUGUGUGAAGCAUGUAGAGUCCAGCAGUACCCAUUUACACCAGACCAAUCAAUACAAGAAGCUGAUUGGGAAAUUUACCUCAAAGAAACAGCUAAACAGAUUGUAGAAGUACAGACUCCUAAAAGGUUGCUCGAAAUAAGAGCUCGUCUUUAUGAACUCCUGAUUCAUUGUAUUCCACCAGACAUUAUUCUGAAGGGAUUGAUUUCAGAACUUGUCACGAACUGUGAUGGUUCACUGAAGGCUGAAGUGACCAAUCUCGCAGCUUACUACGAACAUAGGAUUUUGCUGGGAAAUAAAGCCAUCUACCACUUAGAGGCCUUUGUAGCUAAGUUCAUGAGUAUUUAUAAACGAUUCCUAGAAGAAGGAAUGUCGGAUUUCUUUUAAAUUGCAUAUUUGAAAGGAAUUUAUAUAUAAUUUGUGAUAAAAUAAAAUGUUAUAGGAAGCA